AUGAAGAACCUGGCUGUAGUCCUGGCAAUAGCCCUGAUUGUAACUGACCUCACUACCCUGACUGGCCUACCUCUGGAAAGCCUUCUAACCAACCAGAGAUGCAGAUGCCGCAAGCAAACCUCAGAUGUCAUCAGUGCUUGGAAGAUUAGAUUUAUUGAGGUGAUUCCUCAGGGGAUUCAGUGUAGAAGGAAGGAGAUUAUACUUACCCUGAAGAGUAAACAGAGAGCCUGCGUGCAUCCCAAUGCACCGUGGAUCCAGAUAUUGCUUCAUAAGCUGACGCAGAGUAACAGCGUCAGUGCAGUGCAAUUCUUUGACUGAUUUUUCCCAGCAAAGGAAACCGACGAGAUGCAGGCUUACUAAUGGACUGAAAUUCCUUUCCUGGAAAGCAACGAUUCACCGAUUUCCCAACUACUAUUACUACUUUGUUAUACUAUUUUUUACUCUACUAAGCAUGUUUAAGGGCUGCAGUUUGAAAAAUCUAUAGUUACUUGUGGUUGCCCUCAUCAACCUCAGGGGAAAGAGUAUGGAUUUGUGCCUAUUUUGAUUGGAACAGUAAGCAUGAACUCUGUCUUGUGAAUGCUUAAUAUUUCUACUGAGACAAAUACGGUGAAGAGCUUAGCUCCAAAUAUGUUGUGGAGAGGAUUCAAGUGGACCCUCCCUAUUCCUGCAGAAGUUAACUAUGAAAUAAUUAGUAAGUGUACCACUGUACCCUAUAUCACAGGGUAAAACUCAUCUUCUUCAGCUGUCAGUAAAAGUGCAUCGCUUCCCUCCUGCUAGCUCUCACCCUGGUACUUGACACCUCCUUUCAAGCGCUCUAUAACUGUCCCCCCGACCGCCUCUAAUUAUAGACCCUCAACUCCACCAGUGCUUCCACCCAUUUGUCAAUGUC